AUGGCAGUUCCUCAGAUUAAAAAAUUAGAUGAAGAUGUAAUUAAUCGAAUAGCUGCUGGAGAAGUUAUUCAGCGCCCUGCAAAUGCUUUGAAAGAACUUUUAGAAAACAGUCUUGAUGCUGAAGCAACAAAUAUUCAAAUUACAGUAAAAAAUGGGGGUCUAAAAUUACUACAGAUACAGGAUAAUGGAAUUGGCAUUAGGAGAGAUGAUUUUGGAAUAGUGUGUGAACGAUUCACCACCUCCAAGCUCAGAGAAUUUGAGGAUCUCAACAAAAUAUGUACUUAUGGGUUUCGGGGAGAAGCUCUUGCAAGUAUUUCACAUGUAGCCCAUCUUACAAUCACUUCAAAAACAGCUUCUGAUGUUUGUGCAUACCAGGCAUCUUUUGUGGAUGGUUUGCUGCAAGGCACCCCCAAACCAAUGGCUGGAAAUCAGGGAACAAUAAUAACUGUUGAGGACCUUUUCUACAAUAUGAAUGUGAGAAAAAAGGCCUUGAGAUCUCCUGCAGAGGAAUAUCAAAAAGUGGCUGAUGUUGUUGGCAAAUAUGCUAUUCACAAUGCCAGUGUUGGUUUUGCAUUCAAAAAAUCGGGAGAUAAUAAUGAUAUCAGAACACCUCAAAACUCUUCACAUAUUGAAAAUAUCAGGAUUAUUUAUGGCAAUGAAAUUGCUAAGGAAUUGAUGGAAUUUUCUAUGGAAAAUCAGAUGUAUAAUUUGAAACUCAAGGGAUACAUAACAAAUGUGUAUUAUUCAACAAAAAAAUUUCAGUUCCUAUUAUUCAUCAAUAACAGAUUGGUUGAUUGCCAAAGUUUGAAAAAAUGCAUUGACCAUGUUUAUUCAACUUAUUUACCAAAAAAUACCCACCCUUUCGUAUAUUUGAGUCUGGAAUUAGAUCCUUCAAAUAUAGAUGUGAAUGUACACCCCACAAAACAUGAAAUCCACUUUUUGAACCAAGAACAAAUCAUUGAAACCAUUGCAUCUGGCUUAGAAUCUAAACUAUUGGGAUCAAAUAAUUCAAGAAAAGCUUACACUCAGUUACUGCAUUUAUUGCAGAGAAAAUUCGCAGACAAGUUUCUGACUUUGGGCACGGGAAAAACGGUUGAGGAAGAUGUAAUAGACAAGCAUAAUGCCACAUCGAAAAAUAUUAAUCCAAAUAGCAUGGUUAGAACGGAUCAUAGGGAACAAAAACUCGACAGAUUUUUUACAGACAUGAAAAAACCUGAAUUGAAUGUCAAAGGAACAAAAAAUAUUAUGAACGAUUCUCUAACCGAAGAAGAAUACCAAAAACAUAAUGAGAUGUUUAUGAAGAGAACUGAAGAUUUAGAAGAUAAGAUUUUGGAUAAGACUGUGGAGGACCAGACAAGUGAAGAAUUAGUUUCAGGUAAAGAAGAAGAAAGUCGAGAAAAAUCUCUCGGGGAAAAAGAAGUAUGCCCUGAAAGAAAAUUGACAAAGAAACGAAGCGGCAAUUCAUCGAACGUCUCCCACAUAGUACCAAGGACCGACACUCAACUCACCAGUAUAUUGACCCUCAGAAAAGAGAUCGAGGAAAACUGUCACCGAGGUUUGCGAGAGUGUUUUUCUCAGCACGUUUUCGUCGGUUGCGUCAGCAGAUCGCAGGCGUUGAUCCAAUUUGGCACCAAACUUUUUCUCUGCAACACCAAAACCAUUUUGGCCGAGCUGUUUUAUCAGUUUUUGCUGUAUCAUUUCCAAAACUUCGAUAGUUACAAAUUUUCGAAUCGAAUUUCUAUUCACGAAUUGGCGAUGAUCGGCUUGGAAAUGCCGGAAACAGGGUGGACACAAGAAGACGGUGAAAAAUCGGUACUAGCCAAACGUAUAGUCGAGUGUUUCGGCGGUACUAGACGUGCCAUGUUGCUGGACUAUUUUUGUAUGGAGAUCGACGAACUGGGAAAUAUUUGCAGCUUGCCUAUUCUAGUUGAGGACUAUUUGCCAGACCCCAAAUCGCUGCCCAUGUACGUGAUUCGAUUGGCCACGGAAGUGAAUUGGGACUCUGAGAAAGAAUUUUUCGAAUCUUUUGCUAGAGAAACAUCCAAAUUCUAUGCCGAAGUGCCCAAUGAGAUCAAUCAAAAUGGAAAAAGCUGGCAGUGGGUCACGGAGUUCGUUUUGUUUCCGGCGAUAAAGAACUAUUUCAUUCCGCCGAAGAGUUUUACGGAAAAUGGGGCUAUUUUAGAGAUAGCCAAUCUUCCGAACCUUUACAAAGUGUUUGAGAGGUGUUGA